CCCUCCCUCUCCCCGCGCCGCCUCCAGCGCGAGUGACAACGCGCCCUCCGGGCUCGGGAGCGGCGGCGCCGAACGAUCCCGGGCAGGGCUCGCUUCGCCGGUGACAUCACUCCCGAAGAUACUCCCCGCGCUCAGUGCUUGCCUUCGCGCGGCGUCCGUCCAUUUGUCCGUUUCCUUCCGUCCGCUGCUGGAGAGGGCUCAUCGCUGGCCGGGGCCAGAACCGAGCGACAAGACCCAGAGGAGGAGGGAGAGCGAAGGCAGCGAGGGAAGGAGGCCCCCUCAGGCGACAGCAUGCACUUCAGCCCGGCGCUGUACCUGCUGCCUCUGCUGCCGGCGCUGAUCCUCAGCACCAGACAGGACUAUGAAGAGCUGGAAAGGCAGCUGAAAGAAGUCUUUAAGGAGCGAAGCACCAUCCUCUAUCAGCUGACAAAGACAGCAAGAGAACUUGAUAGAAUUAAAGACAACCUUCAGUCUUUGAAAAACGUUGAGAAAUCUGCCCAAAGUGAUGUUCAGAUGCUUCUGGAAAUAGGUCAGAAACAAAGAGAACAAAUGAAGUCUCUCCAGGAUGUCCUACAAAUUCAACUUAAAGAGACAGCUGAUAAAGCAGAAAAACAACAGGCUACUAUAAAUUUUUUGAAGACUGAAAUGGAAAGAAAGAGCAAAAUGAUCCGAGAUCUCCAGAAUGAGAAUAAAAGCUUGAAAAACAAACUCUUGUCAGGACGCAAGCUCUGUGGCCUCCACGCAGAAGAGUCAAAAAGAAUCCAAUCCCAGCUGAAGGAACUUCGUUACGGGAAGAAGGAUUUAUUGUUUAAGGUGCAACAGCUUACUGAUCUGGAACAAAAACUGGCUGUGGCCAAAAAUGAGCUGGAGAAAGCAGCUUUUGACCAGGAGGCGCAGCUGAAAGCAAUGAAAGAGACCAUACAGCUCUGCCUGUCAACGGUGUUCCGCGAUCAGCCUCCCGCUUUGAGUCUAUUCAGGGUUAAUCCAACUCAGAUGUCAAUUCUAUCCAAGACAGUUGACCCUAAGAUUCCAGAUGCAGUCACAGAAGGCGAGCCUCAAGAGAGCACACCUGGAAGCACUGAAGUAGAAAUGAUAAAGGAAGAAAAUUUGAGAAGCCCUGAGUGUGAUCCUCAAAAUGAAGGGAGGACUUGUUUAACGAAGCAGGAAGAAAAUUCCCCAAGCCUUGACACUGCAAAAUCAGAGCCUGCCCCACAGAAAUUGGAAAUACCUCCCUGUACGGAUUGUAAGGUGAAAAAAAGCCCAGAAAAACAAUUGACCAGCUUCGAAGGGAGAGCAACUAGAGAAGAAAAAAUACUGUAAAUAUCAAGAAACUGUGUUAAAAAGCAUCCAUUUGCUAUUGUCUUCAUACUCUUUCUAGACCACAGGCUUGAUAGAAAUACUAAGUUUUUAAAGCAUGCAACUUUUUCACAAUUUUAUGUAACUUUAUAAAGUAGUCUACACAUUUUCCAAAAGAUUCCAGGCCAAUUAUGAUCCGUAAGCAAUAACCUAAUUAAAAUGGAUAUCCGCAAUCAUAAAUACUCAUUGUCAUCAGUCAAUUACCCAGUAUAAAUUUGUCUGUU